AUACGUUCCUGAUCCUCGCGACGCCAUUGGCUUCCGCCUCCAUAACCCGCUCUCUGAUUGGUCAGUCAAGUCAAGGCUCGCUCUGUGCUGGCACAGGAUUGGUCUGUAAGUAGGUUAGUGGCGCGCUGGUUAUUCAAGGCGAGCGAGGAAAAGUAGGUCAGUGUAAAUAUGUACCGUCCUCCGCCGUCCAUGUUACAGUGACCGUACAUGUGCCUUUUCUACCUUCUUCAUGUUUUGUGCCUGGCUGCAUGUGUUAGGAGGUAAAAGGCGGCGCUGAGGACUGGAACCUAGUUUUACAGACAAAGACUUCAUGAGAUGGUCUGAAAACGACAGUCCUCAUGAAUCUUUGUGCUGAUCUCAUGGCAGACCAGAGAAUGGACAUCUCCUCUACGAUGAAUGACUUCAUGUCUCCCAGCUCCACUGAGCUGAUCAGCAGUUCCAUCAGCACGUCCUCCAUGGACUACACCCGCAAGAGGAAAGGCAGCUCCACCGACUACCAGGACAGUAUGGAUAUGGACAAGGACAAGCAAAUUGGAAGGGAUUGUAUUGAUCAACACGGGCGGAUAAAGAAUGCCAGGGAGGCUCACAGUCAGAUUGAGAAGCGACGCAGGGACAAAAUGAACAGCUUCAUUGACGAGCUGGCUUCACUAGUGCCUACCUGCAACGCCAUGUCCCGCAAACUAGACAAACUGACUGUACUGCGCAUGGCCGUCCAGCACAUGAAAACAUUACGAGGUGCUGCAAACCCUUACACUGAAGCUAACUACAAACCAGCCUUUCUGUCAGAUGAUGAACUGAAACACUUGAUACUGAAGGCUGCUGACGGCUUUCUCUUUGUGGUCGGCUGCGAUCGGGGAAAGAUUCUUUUCGUUUCUGAGUCUGUAUACAAAAUCCUGAACUAUAGCCAAAACGACUUGAUUGGCCAGAGCUUGUUUGAUUAUUUGCAUCCUAAGGACAUUGCCAAAGUCAAGGAGCAGCUGUCCUCAUCUGACACGGUGCCAAGGGAGCGACUCAUUGAUGCCAAAACUGGGCUGCCGGUAAAAACUGACAUCACGCCAGGGCCAUCCAGGCUGUGCUCUGGGGCCCGCCGUUCCUUCUUCUGUAGAAUGAAAAGUAACAGACCUCUCAUCAAAAUGGAGGACAAGGACUUCACCUCCCCCUGCUCCAAAAAGAAAGCAGCCGACCGCAAAAGCUUCUGCACCAUCCACAGCACGGGCUAUCUGAAGAGCUGGCCGCCCAUGCAGAAGGGCUUGGACGAGGACAAUGAGCCCGACAACGAAGGCUGCAAUCUGAGCUGCCUGGUGGCCAUCGGCCGUUUGCACCCACACAUCGUUCCUCAGCCAAUGAAUGGGGACAUCCGCGUCAAACCGACAGAGUAUGUCUCACGCCACGCCAUCGACGGAAAAUUCGUCUUUGUUGACCAGAGGGCCACUGCCAUUCUCGCCUAUCUACCCCAGGAGCUGCUGGGGACAUCUUUCUAUGAGUAUUUUCAUCAGGAUGACAUUGGACACCUUGCUGAAUGCCACAGACAAGUGCUGCAGAUGCGAGAUAAGAUCAACACUAACUGUUACAAGUUUAAGGUUAAAGAUGGCUCCUUCAUCACUCUGAGAAGUCGCUGGUUCAGUUUCAUGAACCCUUGGACCAAGGAAGUCGAGUACAUCGUCGCCACAAACACAGUCGUCUCGACUGGUACACGUGAUGGAUCUGAUCCCAGCUAUCUCCAGCUCACUGCCUCCCCCCGGAGCAUGGACAGUGUCCUCACAGCUGAUGGUUCUGGGAAACGGACUCUGCAGACAGUGCCUGGCAUCCCAGGGGGCACGAGAGCCGGAGCGGGCAAGAUCGGCCGCAUGAUAGCGGAGGAGGUCAUGGAGAUCCAGAGGAUAAGAGGCUCAUCACCCUCGAGCUGUGGCUCGAGCCCGCUGAACAUCACCAACAGCACACCCCCUCCAGACACAUCGUCUCCUGGGGGCAAGAAGAUUCAGAAUGGUGGAACUCCAGACAUUCCUUCAGCGGGGAUGGUAUCAGGCCAGGACUCCAUAGGAUACCCUUACUCGAACAACUCACUUUUAAGCGAGAAUUCUCACAUCAGCAUCGGGGACAUCAUGGAUGAGCCCGGCUCCAGCAGCCCCAGUAACGACGAGGCGGCCAUGGCCGUCAUCAUGAGUCUUCUGGAGGCUGAUGCAGGACUCGGAGGGCCCGUGGAUUUCAGUGAUCUGCCAUGGCCUCUGUGAGAGGAAAGUAUUACUCUCAGGUGAUGGAUUAGGACACAAUCAAUGGAGCACAGUUCUUCGUCUUCAACGUGUCCAUCAUCAGGCCCAGGGUUUUCCAUAAAGCCUCACAGCCGAACGAUGAGGAAAGUGUUAAUAGCGUACAGUCAUAAUCGUUAUUCUGACUAACUUUUCAGAAACACUUCCAAGCAACAAGGAAUUUUCUUGGUAUAGAGUGGAACACUGGAAUCAUCCACUUUUAUCGACAUGGCACAACCUUUGUUGUAUUUUUGGCAGAUUUGCAUGCAGAACUCUCUAACAUGCACUCACUCACCACUUUAAUAGGAACAUCUGUACACCUGCCAAUCGGGUCUCAGCAUCGCAAUGUAUAAAAUCAUGCAGGUCAAGAGCUUAAGUGAAUGUUCACGUCAGACAUCAGAAUGGGGGAAAAAUGUGCUCACAGUGACUUUGACCCUGGCAUGGUUCUUGGUGCCAGAUGUUUUUUGGGUUUUUUUACAGAAUGGUAUGAAAAACCAAAACAUCUAAUGAGCGAUAAUUCUGCGCGUGGAAUCACCUUGUUGAUGAUUGAGGUCAGAAGAGAAUGGCCAGGUUGACAGGAAGAUUACAGUAACUGAAGUAAACACUCGAUAACUGUGGUGAGCAGAAAAGCAUCUCAGAACAUGCAAACCUUGAUGCAGCUGGAGUAUAGCAACAGAAGACCACAUUGGGUUCCGCUCCAGGCAACGAAGAACAGGAAUCUGAGGCAUGAAAAAGGAAAAAUAUCAUCUGGUCUUUUUUUUUUCCAGUCUUGAGCCAUCCAGUUUCAGUGAGCCUGUGCCCAAAGUAGCCUGACACUCCUGCUCUUGGCUUCUGCUACAUGAUUGGCUGAGUGGAUAAUUGGAUGAACAAGCAUGGGUACAGGUGUUUCUAUUAAAAUGACCAGAGGGUGUAUGUGGUUUUUCACAAAAUUGUAUGUAUGUAUGUAUGUGUGUGUAAUGUUUGAGCCGUGAUAUAUUUUUCAAAUAAAAAAUACUCCUAGGUGUUCCAGAAAUAAGACAUCUAUAUGUUUAU